AUGGCAGCCACAUCCACCUCAGCCGUUGAAGGAAAAUUCCUCGGUUUCGACCACUACCUCUUCGUCAUGUAUUCCUCGAUCGCGAUCCUCCUCGUAGCGGCUCUGUCGAUGGCGAACGCGGCCCCGUCGGCCUACCUGGGCCUCGGCGCCGCCUUGGCCGGCCCGAUUCUGGGUCCCGCGACUCUCGCGGGACCGGCUAAUGGACCGUCCGUACUGGCCGGACCGGCCGUCGGACCCGCGCGCAUUUCCGGGGCUGUUGACGGCGGCGCCGUCGUUACCGGAGCGGUCGCUGGACCGUCGGUCGUUUCCGGUAGCGUCACCGGACAUGCGGCGCUGCUUGGCCCGGCUCUUGGACUGGCGGCGCCAGCCGCCUUGGGAUGGCCUGGAGCUUACGGAGCGGUUCUUGCCGGACCUGCUGUAGGUCCAGCAGCCCUCGCAGGACCAAUCGCAGCUCCAGCUCUGAUUGCUGGCCCAUCUGGUAGCAUCACUGCUGGACACGCCGGAUUAGGCGGAAUCAUUCGUGGAUAUACACCUGGACACUGGUAAUUCGCAUUAUUUGUCAACAUGAAGGACCUCCGCGACUGAUCUCUCCGAUACUCGCCAACUCGAUCACACAUCGCGAUCUUCGUCAUUUGAUGUAUCUUUCUCUUAUAUGUAUGUUACGUGUACAUAACAUAAUUUCGUAUAUACAUUGUUAUAUAU